AUGGUGGCUGCCAUGGUGUCCAGAGUUGUUGGACCGGACUCAUCUUGGGACGACUUCUGCACGUCCUGGAAGAGGGCACAGCUGUCGUUGCUGGUGUUGCAUUUCCAAGAGAUGCUGGGCACCCUCACACUUCUCCGCCACCCCCUUCAGAGCCACAUCAUCCUGGUGGAAACAGAAGCCCAGCGAGAGCUUUCCCACUUUUCUGCCCUUACCCCCCAUCAAAUGAUCAGAAGAAGAGAUAGAAGAGAGAACAUCAGGCCCUUCCAGCUCUACGAGAUCACUGUGACCCCCCUCUACCAGGACACCAUGGGACCCUCCCAGCACAUCUAUGCCUACUCCCAAGAGAUGGCCCCCUCCCACGCCCCAGAGCUGCAUCUAAAGCACAUUGGCAAGACCUGGGCCCAGCUGGAGUGGGUGCCCCAGGCCCCCGAGCUGGGGAAGAGCCCCCUUACCCACUACACCGUCUUCUGGACCAAUGCUCAGGACCAGUCCUUCUCCAUUGUCCUGAAUGCCUCCUCCCACGGCUUGGUCCUCCGCGGCUUGGAGCCUGCCAGCUUGUACCAUGUCCACCUCAUGGCUACCAGCAAGGCCGGGGCCGCCAACAGUACAAGCCUUACCCUGAUGACCUUGGCCCUAGAGGAGUCUGAGCUGCAUGUCCUCCUGGGCUUGUUUGGUUUCCUGCUUUUGUUCACCUGCCUCUGUGGGGCGGCCCGGUUCUGCUGCAGACCCAGCAGGAAGAAUCCCCUCUGGCCAAGUGUCCCAGACCCAGCCCACAGCAGCCUGGGCUCCUGGGUGCCUACCAUCAUGGUGGAGGAGACCUUCCAGCUGCCCAGCCUUCGGGACUCCGGCAUGCCACCCAUCACCAAGAUCACGGUGCUGGAGGAAGAAGAGAAGAAGCCAGGGCCCUGGGAGUCCAAUGACAGCUCAGGGACCUGUGGCCUGCCCACCCUGGUCCAGGCCUAUGUGCUCCAGGGGGACCCAAGAACACCUUCCACCCAGUCCCAGCCCUCGUCUAUCACCAGUGACCAGGUCCUUUACGGGAAGGUGCUGGGCAGCCCCACAGGCCCAGGUCCAGGGCACUACCUCCGCUGUGACUCUACUCAGCCCCUCCUAGGGGGCCUUACUCCCAGCCCCCAGUUUUAUGAGAACCUCUGGUUCCAGACCAGCCCCCUGGGGACCCCAGAGCCCCUCGUCCCAAACCAGGAGGAUGACUGUGUCUUCGGGCCAUUGCUUGACUUCCCCCUCCUGCAAGGGCUCCAAGUCCAUGGGGUAGAGGGGCUAGGGGGCGUCUAGUGCUUCCUGGGACCCCCUCCUGGGCCUGCCUCUUGAAAAGCCUGGGCUGUCCAGAGGAGAGUGUCAGUAAGCCCAUCAUGAAAAAAAUCACCUAGCCCCAGAAGGGCAGAAAGGGUACGGGGAUCUCCCUAACUCUGGCCCCCAGCACCCUUCCUCUAUCUCCCCAGUGCCCACAGGCUGGGCCUCUCACUUGAGUGGCCAGAGAAUGUUUCAUCCAACCCUGCCCACUAGCCUCUUGUGCUUAUUUCCUGUAAUUUCAGUCUCUUAAACCACUGAUCCAUGAUUUGGUUUGGUUUGAUUUUGAGAAACUCUUGAGCGUG